GCGGCCGCUUCCGGUUUCCUCCGCGCUCGCCUCAGUCGCCCGCCCUGCGCUUUGGGUGGUGGCCGUUGCCUCCUCAGCUCCCGCCGCCCUUUUCUCCGCCUCCUCCCCGGGCCCUCCUCGCGGUUCCUUCCGAGGGAAGCAGCGCUAGCCCCGAAGCCCGAGAGGCAGCCGAGGCCGCUGAGGGCCUUUCUUUUCUCUCCUUCGCGCCCACGCUCGCCCCGACCGAGCAGCCGCCCCGAUGCAGGCCAUCAAGUGUGUGGUGGUGGGCGACGGGUUGAAGGAACGAGUGGUAAGGAUUUAAGCCCCAGUGGGAAGCGGCAGCCACUCUGCGAUGUGUUCUUAAUUUGCUUUUCCCUUGUGAGCCCAGCAUCCUUCGAAAAUGUCCGUGCAAAGUGGUAUCCAGAGGUGCGACACCACUGCCCCAACACCCCCAUCAUCCUAGUGGGAACCAAACUUGACCUCCGAGAUGACAAAGACACUAUUGAAAAACUCAAGGAGAAGAAGCUGACGCCGAUCACCUACCCACAAGGCCUUGCCAUGGCGAAGGAGAUCGGCGCAGUCAAAUAUCUAGAAUGCUCGGCACUUACGCAGCGGGGCCUCAAGACGGUCUUCGACGAAGCCAUCCGAGCCGUGCUGUGCCCCCCUCCAGUCAAGAAGAGGAAGAGAAAAUGCCUGCUGCUCUAAUGCCGCUUCUGCUCAACCCCCCUCCAAAAAAAAAAAAAAACCUUUUGUGCUUUGCUUGGAAUAACGGAGCAUUCCUGCAUUCGUUUUUUUUUUAAAAAAUUGGUUGUCUCUCCUUCAGGUUAUCUUAAACACCCACCUUACAUAUUUUCCUUUGUUUAAAAAAAGUUAGCUUCUUCCUUCCUUCCUUCCUUCUCUCUCUUUUUAAAAAAGACAAACUUAUAUAAAAGGCCUUAUUUCCCGCCCCCCAUCCCUUUUUCGCUCCGCUUAAUCAAUCGUUGCCAAACUUUUCUGCUCCUUUUGAUUCCUCUUGGAUUUGUUGUGCUUUUGUUAUGUGAAGCCACCGGGCCUCUCUCUCUCUCUUUUUUCUUACGAAGUCAGGUGGGCGUCUUUAAAAAAAAAAAUACUAAUGUUUUAUUAGCAGUUUAAUCGGGUUCUUUUUUUUCCCACCCAGGAAGAGGGGGGGAAAAAACCCCCAUUGCUGUCUAAAAAUGCACUCGUUCAUCCGACAGCUUCUUCACACCCAUCUUUUCAUGCUUGAACAAAUGCAAUAAUUGACAACUCCAGAUUAACCCUCCCCCUUUUUUAAAUAUAUAUAUCUAUAUAUCUCAAAUCUACUAAGGUCUGUGAUUAAAGCUAUUUUUUUUUCCUUGAAA